AAUACACAGCAAUUUACAGCUGGGUUAUAAAUUAGGACCAUACAAUGUGUUCUAAAAAUGCAUAAUGUGUUAUGAAACAGGGGCAAGUGAGUCAUAUGCAAUGAAAAUUUUGCAGCAUGGGGAACUGCUAAUGCAGUGUAUGGCAAUGUAACAUAAUGUCAAAACUAGUGUUCCAUAUUCUGAGUAGAAAAUUAACACGCGAGGUUGGACUUAGUGGUAAUAAUUCACAGAAAAUGCUGUAAUUCAAUAAUUCAACAAAACACAAUGUCAUCUUCCAAAAAGCAGUUUUAUUUUUCUUCAUCCUAUUGUCUUCACCAAAGCUCCAGAUGACCCAUGCCCCGCCUUGUGCACAGGACAUCCAGUUCUCUAUAGGUUAGAAGUCGCUUUUUCCAUAUUGGAUAUUUUGAAGAAAUUGCCUUCUGGGUUUUGCUCUUGAGAGCACAGGAUUGGCCCCAGGUGUAAUCAAACCUUUCCAAAGCGUCUGUGCCAACACGCGCAAUUAUAAAACUUCUGCAAACAGUGGCGCUAUCUACAGAACCGCAGAGUAUAGUUGGGGACAUGUCCAGCGCCCAGGCUGCAGUUGUUAUCGGGCUGGGAGUCGGUGUGAUGCUCAUUACUCAAAGCGGAGACCCACUGGACGCAGUGGGCACCGGGUACCACCUCAUGAGGGGCGAUAUGCGGCUAUCCAGCACAGCGGCACAGGCUCUUCUCUGCAUCACCGCCGUUAUUACCCUACUUGUCAUGUCCCGGCUUUACCGACUGCUCUUCUGUCCCCUGGAGGUGCUCCGAUCGGCCGAUGAUGUGGGGUACAUCGCCGAAGACGGUCGCACCAUGGCGCAGGCAGCUAACCAGGUCCGCCGCAGGAGGAAAAUCGGCGAUCUGCCUCCGGUUUACCCGAACGGCUGGUUUCAAGUGAUGGACUCCAACAAGCUAGAGAGAGGCGAGGUCAAAAAUGUGUCUGUUUUAGGUGAACAGGUGGCAGUGUUUCGGGGCAAGGAUGGAAAGGCCUAUGUGCUGGAUGCCUACUGUCCACACCUGGGUGCCAACCUGGCUGUUGGAGGACAGGUGUUGGGAAGCUGCAUAGAGUGCCCAUUUCAUGGAUGGAAGUUUCAUGGGAAUGAUGGCAAGUGUGUCAAAAUCCCAUAUGCAGAAAAAGUGCCAGAGUUUGCCAAGGUACGUUGCUGGCCCACUUGUGAGGUCAACCAGCAGAUCCUGAUUUGGUUUCAUUGCGAUGAAGAAAAGCCACAAUGGGCUGUUCCAGAGCAGCAGGAGAUUACCAAUGGCCAGUGGGUUUAUCGGGGGAGAACUGAACAUUUUAUCAAUGCUCACAUUGAGGAAAUUCCUGAAAAUGCAGGGGAUGUUGCUCACCUGGAUCAUCUGCACACCCCAAGCAUUGUCAGUGGAGUUGAUCUGCGCUACACCAACAGCAAAAUCUGGGAAUUUUUACGACAUGACUGGAAGGUUCAGUGGGAACCAGAGUCAGAGCCCAACAAGCAUUGCUCACAGAUGAUGUUAAAACAUGCACUCACUGUGUUUGGGUAUCACUGGCCUGUCCUGGAUGUUCACGUUGUGGCCCGACAGGUGGGUCCUGGAUUAGUGUUUUUGCAUUUUAACCACAGUUUCUUGGGCCAGGGUGUAAUCAUCCAGUCUGUGACUCCAGUGGAGCCUCUGUUGCAGCAUGUAUCUCACACCAUCUUCUACCAGUCUAACAUCCCAGCACUGGUGCCCAAAUUUUUCCUCAAAGCAGAGUGUGUGCAGUUUGAGCGGGACGUGAUGAUCUGGAACAAUAAGAAAUAUAUCUCCAAGCCUCUCCUGGUAAAGGAAGACUCCACCAUUCAGAAGCACAGGCGCUGGUACAGUCAGUUUUACAGCGAAAACAGCCCCCGGCUGCAAUAUCAGCGGGAUACUUUAGACUUCUAACCUCCCUGAGCUACAGGAAGCCAGGAGUCAACAACUGAGGCCUUGUUUGUUCACGUGAGACUAUGCAUUUUGUUUUAUGUAAAACCUCAAAGCUUCUGUUCUUGGUUUUUGUCUAAGUGAAUAAAGUUAAGCCUUAUAAGUGUAAGCACCAGAAAUGCACCUAU